GGGCUCCAUUGUCCAGUGUUCUCCCGUUUAUUGCGCCUGGGAGAAACAUGGAGGCAGAGGUAUAAGAGGGGAGUUUUCCUGUGCGUCGCGGCAUUCAGGUUCCAAAGCAAUGGAUAUGCAGUCCAUCGCACGGCUUCGCCUGGUGUUGUUGCUGGCGUUAGCAGUCGCCCUGCUGCAGCACGCCCAGGCCUUCAUUCUACCCAUCAUCCUGCCGCCCAACUUGCUAUGGUACGGCGGCUACACCUCCUCCCCCGUGCUGCCGCUGCCCGUGCCCCAAGUGAACCCCCUGCUGGGCCUUGGCGGCCUCGGGUACCCGCCCGCGCUCCCCGGGCUCUCCCCCUACGGCGCCGCAGCUCCCCGCCCCGCCAUCCAAGGACUCUACCCCGGGGCCAUUCCGGGACUCGCGGGUCGUCCUGCACUCGGGUAAUGGAAAAGAUACAUUUAAAACUCUAAAUCAUGAU